GGACAGGACUUUUAUUUUGGUCUGGCGAUGUGACGUCAUAAGGCUGCGUCGCUCUCCUGCAUCAGAGCUGAAGAAAGGACAAAGUGUCCAAACACAGAAAAACUCCUGCUGAAGCGACUAUAUGUGAAACACGAUUAUAAGAUGGCAUUUAUUAAAGAGGAGAAUGAAGACAUUAAGAUUGAAGAAACGUUCAAACGUGAAGAUGCUGAGGAACAAACAGACCAGAUGGUGCCUAAAGAGGAGAACCAAGAACUGAAUGAAACAGAAGAGAAAGAUCAAAAUGAGAAACAUCAUGACUUUAUGACCUCUCAAAAAAGUGCUCCGGAGACUGGAACUAGAGGUAGUUUCACCUGCCAGCAGUGUGGAAAGUGUUACAAUCAGAAAGGAAACCUUAAAGUUCACAUGAGAGUUCACACCGGAGAGAAGCCUUUCACCUGCCAACAGUGUGGAAGAAGUUUCCCACGAAAAGAAAGUCUGAAGUCUCAUAUUAGAAUUCACACUGGAGAGAAGCCGUUCACAUGUGAUAAGUGUGGAAAGAGUUUCUCACAUAAAGGACCCCUUCAUACUCACAUGAUUGUUCACGCUGGAGAGAAACCUUUCACCUGCAAACUGUGUGGGAUAAUGCUUAAUCGAAAAGGAAAUCUGAAGACUCACAUGAGAAUUCACACUGGAGAGAGGCCGUUCACAUGUGAUCGGUGUGGAAAGAGUUUCACACGUAACGAAAGCCUUAAUUACCACAUGGGGAUUCACUUAAGAGAGAACGGUUUUAUAUGCCAUCACUGUGGAAUAAGCUGCACAAAUAAAGCAAACCUCAAGACUCACAUGAAAGUUCACACUGGAGAGAAGCCUUACACGUGUCUUCAGUGUGAGAAGAGUUUCAAAUAUCAUAAAGAUCUGAAAAGGCAUUUACAGACUCAUUCUGCCAAGAAACUGCAGUGCUCUGCGUGUGGCAAGAGGUUUAGAAAAGGUAGCAAUUUCAAAAAUCACCUUUGCCUUCAAUCUGGUGAAAGUAGGGUAGCCGUGGAUCCUUGAAAAGCCUGCAAAAGCAUUAAAUUCACUUUCAACAAGUCCAUAAAAAGUCUCCGAUAACAUAAAUAAAUAGUCUUAAAACCCUUUUGCAGAGGUUUACAUUUUAUAGAGCCCAAACAGAAGAGAGACUUGAAAAGGCAAACGUAUUUUUGAUUAGCUGCAGAUUGUCAUGGUCACUUAUUUACAUGCUAACAAAAUGCUAGAUUUGGGGUGUUUAGGUGGACAAGAAGUAACUGUGAAAUGUAAAUUUAGCAGUAAGACUCUGAGCUUGUGAAAACUUUGACAUGUGGAUGAGACAAAACGGCCUUAUUAUAUACCUUUACUAUUGACCAGGACUGCGUUUCCCAAAAGCACAGGAAGCCCAAGUUGAUCGUAGCUCCAUUGGUGGCAAUGGUGAAAACACAGCCCUGGUCUUUUCAUGAUCGAAUUAGAGAAACUGCAUGAAGUGACCAGGUGUAAACAGGCCUUGUGUGUGAUCUUGCAUGGAUUCCUCACCCAGUCAUACCAAGAGCGUUGGGCUUUAUAUCAGAAACUCAUACUUCUGUCUCACAGAGGGGUUCUCAACAUCCCACUGACUAAAGAGCUACUAGAUUCUUCAGUUUUAGCUGAGUCUCAGCACUGUUUAUACCUUGCUCAGAAAAGGAGGGGAAAAGUGAGCCGUGCACAAACUCAGAUGCAUAGAACUACCUGAUGGAACUUAAAAGGAGAAAAACACUGCUGCAAGAAUUGCUUUUUAUUUCAUAUCACUGACUUGAUGCAUAACGCAAUCAUUAA